UAUUUCACAUCCCAUGCCCUUAUCAAAGGAAUGAAUCAAUAAUCAAACAUUCAUGAUUCAACAAUGAAGAAUUGAUUCAAUUCAUAGUCUCAAUCUUCCAAAUUUAUCACAGAUCCAAAUCCACCACCAUGAUUCCCGAUCUACCCCUCCCCUUCCUCUUCUCCUUAUUCAUCAUCUUCUUCCACCUCGCUGAAUCCAAACCCUCCCUCACCGCCACGCCAACCACCCUCCCAGCCUCCGGCGCCACCGUCAAUCUCCGCUGGUCCGGCAUCCCUUCCCCCUCCGACCUCGACUUCCUCGCCAUCUAUUCCCCUCCGACCUCCCCGCACGACAACUUCAUCGGAUACCUCUUCCUCUCGCAGUCCGCCACGUGGCGCACCGGCUCCGGCAACCUCUCCCUCCCCCUCGUCGACCUCCGCUCCAACUACUCCUUCCGCAUCUUCAGCUGGACCCGCGCCGAGAUCAACCCCAAGCGCCAGGACCACGAUCACAACCCUCUCCCGGUCACACGCCACCUCCUCGCGUUUUCGGAGGAGGUCUCCUUCGCCCCUCACCGUGGGCCCCAACAGAUCCACCUGGCGUUCGUUGGGGCCCACGGCAAGGAGGAGGAUAUGCGCGUGAUGUACAUCACGCGCGAUCCGAGAGAAACCUACGUAAGGUACGGGGAGAGGGAGGAUAAGCUUGAUGGGAUUGCGGUCGCACGUGUGGAGAGGUACGAGAGGGAGCACAUGUGCGACGCGCCUGCCAACACGAGUGUUGGGUGGAGGGACCCUGGGUUUAUCCACGACGCCGUUCUCAUAGGUUUGAAGAAGGGACAGAGGUAUUAUUACAAGGUUGGAAAUGAUAACGGAGGUUGGAGUGCAACUCAAAGUUUUGUGUCGAGGAAUAGUGAUUCAGACGAAACAAUAGCUUUCCUGUUUGGUGACAUGGGAACAGCUGUACCAUACAAUACGUUUCUGCGAACGCAGGAUGAAAGCAUAUCAACCAUGAAGUGGAUCCUCCGUGAUGUUGAAGCUCUAGGCGACAAGCCAGCCUUUGUGUCGCACAUUGGAGACAUUAGUUAUGCAAGAGGUUAUUCCUGGUUGUGGGACCAUUUUUUUGCCCAGAUUGAACCUGUUGCCUCCCAAGUGGCAUACCAUGUUUGCAUUGGCAAUCAUGAGUAUGACUGGCCUUUGCAGCCAUGGAAACCUGAUUGGGCCAGUUAUGGAAAAGAUGGGGGUGGUGAGUGUGGUGUGCCUUACAGUUUAAGGUUUAACAUGCCCGGAAACUCUUCAGAACUCACUGGAAAUGCUGCAGCCCCACCAACUAGGAAUCUUUAUUACUCAUUUGAUAUGGGAGCAGUACACUUUGUGUAUAUUUCCACGGAGACCAAUUUUGUUCCUGGGAGCAAACAGUACGACUUCUUGAAGCAUGAUUUGGAAUCGGUUAACAGGAGCAAGACUCCUUUUGUGGUGGUGCAAGGGCACAGGCCCAUGUACACUACCAGCCAUGAAAAUAGGGAUGCUGCUUUAAGAGGAAAGAUGCUUGAGCACUUGGAACCUCUGUUGGUGAAUAACAAUGUGACACUUGCCCUUUGGGGUCAUGUUCAUAGAUACGAGAGAUUUUGUCCACUGAAUAACUUCACUUGUGGUGUUAAUGCGGGUCACAAUGCAGGGGACAAAAAAGGAUAUACUGUUCACAUUGUGAUCGGCAUGGCAGGGCAAGACUGGCAACCUGUCUGGGAACCAAGGCCAGACCAUCCCGAUGAUCCAAUCUUUCCACAGCCAAAAUGGUCUCUGUACCGCGGAGGCGAGUUUGGGUACACAAGACUCGUCGCUACAAAGCAGAAGCUCGUGCUUUCUUAUGUGGGAAACCAUGACGGUGAGGUGCAUGAUCAGUUGGAAAUUCUGGCAUCUGGGGAAGUUGUCAGUGGUGACGGAGGCUGUAGUAUUGCUGAUGCUAAUUCUAAAGCUGGAAAUGUGAUUGUGGAAUCCACAUUGUCUUGGUAUGUCAAGGGAGGAAGUGUGCUGCUGCUUGGUGCAUUCAUGGGUUACGUUUUUGGUUACGUUACAAGUGCAAGGAAGAAGUCUGAGGUGCCAGAGAGCAAUUGGACUCCGGUGAAGACUGAGGAAACUUGAACUGUAUAUUACAGUUACUGUUUACCAAAUUUUCAAGUAGGUCAUGAAGGUUCACAGAAAAGAAAAACAAGAUGGCAUGAAGGUUUUGAAUUGUGAGAUUUCCACUCGUUUUUGUUUGAUUAAGACACCUAAGCUGUCACCUCAUAUACUUGAGGACUUAUCUUUGUAUAUAUGCAUUUUUUUUUCUUGCUUAAUUAUUUCUUUUAAGGCAUUUCAUAUAGGAACUUGUGUUGUUGUACAUUAUUCAAGGUAAUAUGAUCUGUUGGAUGAGACCAUACACUAUUGUAACAAAGAAAAAAAAGUGUUAGAUUUGAUUGUACUAUUGAUACACAAACUUUGAUGUCGCAAUAGGAAUUACCCAAUUUGAUCAUUAAA